CUUCAACCUCAACUCCACGACGACAACGACGACGAAGACGACAACACUCUGCCGUCCCCAACCACGACCUCGCCCGCGACGGCCGAGAGCGACUUGCACGACAGUCCAUACCCCCCGCCACCCACAUUUCCGCCCGCCCAUCCUCGCGUGCCGCGGCGGCAUCCUCGACAAAAUGCUGCUCCUCGGGAACCUCUUCUACGUCUCGGUCCUCAUGAUCAACGCCAUAGCCAUUCUCUCAGAAGACCGCUUCCUCGCACGCCUCCACCUAUCACCAUCUUCCUACGAUCCUGCAUUCGGCGCAGGCCCAGACUCGCAAAGCGUAAAGGCAAAAGUCGUCAACCUGAUUGCUAGCGUACGGACGCUGAUGAGAAUUCCGCUGAUCGCGAUAAACACGUUGAUAAUAAUCUACGAGCUUGUGCUGGGUUAGACUGGGACAUCUACUGCGAUCUGGCCAUCCAGGGCGGGAGGAAUCGACGACUAGAUAAACAACACUAUACUCUACAACCGGGGAAUCAAGCGGAUAAAGAAGCCAGAAAAGCUCAACCGGCCACGAAAGAAAAGUGCUAGCAGCACACACAUGCAACAGCGGACACGACGUGUUCACCUGACAGAACGUGCGACAAACAGGGUUGUCGCGCAGACGAAAUGCCCCUAUGUACGUAUAUGCACAAUCUCAAAAGAGGACUGCGAUCACGGAGCGGCUUGGCCACGGGAACAUCUCAAUCUCGAUUGCGAUGGAUCAGGCAGGCAUAUCACACUGCUGCAGGUCUACAAGACACCGGUGCACGCCGAAGGCGCCCUGGCACUUGCAGCUGAGCGUUGCCUCUGGCAUCUGGGUUUCUUGUAGAUUCACGAAAGAUAUGAAGGCAAUACCAAUAUUUGACAAAUUCUAGUCCGUAAAGAGCUCUUCAA